GCUUGGAACGUGGGAACGGUUAGUGGGUCUGCUGCUGCUGCUGGAGUAACAAACUGUUUGACAGGGAAGGUGAGUCGACCUGUGCAGCAGCACCAGGGGGACUGACGAGACAAGUUAAGUUGUUAAGUGUUGUGUCUCCGGCAGUUUAGCGAGUCACACGGCGAAGCAAACGGCUCCACAGAUGAUUCGCAGGAGUGUAAGCAGCAACAGGGCACACAGAGGAGCGAAAUGUCAGGGACCGUCUCAGCAGCCUUGAGGAGGAAAGGGAAGCGCGACUAGUGAGUAGCAGCUACAAAAAAAAAAAAACACCGCAACGCGGAAAAAUAUAUAUCCAGGCGGAGAGAAUGCGAAUGGUGCGAAGAUACCGAAAUCAAACAAAAUGGAAACGAUGUAGCGUCGCUGCGGCAUUUCAUAUAGCUAGAACUACCGGUAGAGUAGAGGAUAGAUAGCUAAAGGAGGGCUGGCUAGCAGGUUAACUAACACAUACAUGUAAAGUUAUUCCAAGGAGAAAGGCUGAAGCUGAAGCAGAUAGGCGUCGCGUUGAAUCGGAAGAGUUCGUCAGCGUUGCGAAAUCAAAGAAGAUAAUCAGAAGAAGAUGCUACGGAGAAGACUCAACCGAUUGCUUGGCCGCGAUGAGAGAAGAGUUGACAGUCGGACUAUCUAUGUUGGUCAUCGGUCAUCUUCCACCACUGAGGCUUUCAUCCCACCCAAGUUCUGUGAUAACAGGAUUGUGUCUUCCAAGUAUACCGUUUGGAACUUUCUACCAAAGAACCUGUUUGAACAGUUUAGAAGAAUUGCCAAUUUCUACUUCCUUAUCAUCUUCCUGGUGCAGGUGAUAGUGGACACCCCCACCAGCCCAGUCACCAGUGGCCUACCCUUAUUUUUUGUGAUUACAGUAACCGCUAUCAAGCAGGGCUACGAGGACUGGCUACGGCACAAGGCUGACAACGAGGUGAAUAAGUACCCAGUGACAGUGCUAGAGCAAGGCCGGAGGAUACCGAAGGAGAGCGAGAAGAUCAAGGUUGGAGAUGUUGUGGAGGUGAAAGAAGAUGAGACCUUUCCCUGUGAUUUAAUACUGCUGCAGUCCAGCCGAGAUGACGACACAUGUUUCGUUACCACAGCGAGUCUGGACGGAGAGUCCAACCAUAAAACACACUACACAGUGCCGGAGACAGAGAAGGAUCUGGAAUCUCUCAAUGCCACCAUUGAGUGUGAACAGCCACAGCCUGACCUUUACAAGUUUGUCGGCCGCAUGCACAUCUACAAAACCGAUCAGGAGCCUGCGGUGAGGUCUUUGGGCCCAGAAAACCUCCUGCUGAAAGGGGCAACUUUAAAGAACACUCAGAAAAUCUACGGUGUUGCAGUUUACACUGGCAUGGAGACAAAGAUGGCUCUCAACUACCAGGGCAAGUCUCAGAAACGCUCUGCUGUGGAGAAGUCUAUCAAUGCCUUCCUCCUGGUUUACCUUUGCAUAUUGGUGAGCAAGGCCCUAGUGUGCACUACACUGAAGUAUGUGUGGCAGAGCAAGCCUGGCCAGGACGAGCCUUGGUACAACGAGAAAACCCAGGUUGAGAAGAAAGCCAAUCAGUACCUAAAGAUGUUCACUGACUUCCUGUCCUUCAUGGUGCUCUUCAACUUCAUCAUUCCGGUGUCCAUGUAUGUGACGGUUGAGAUGCAAAAGUUUUUGGGAUCCUUUUUCAUCACAUGGGACAAGGACUUCUUUGAUCCUGAAAUCAUGGAGGGGGCGCUGGUCAACACUUCAGAUCUCAACGAGGAGCUGGGACAGGUGGAGUAUGUCUUCACAGACAAGACGGGCACCCUCACUCAGAACAACAUGGAGUUCAUAGAGUGCUGCAUCGACGGCUUCCAGUACAAGUACCGGGACACGAGCUCGGAAUUGGACGGACUCUGCGUCACAGAUGGACCUGUGAACAAAGUGCAGCAGAAAGCUGGCAGGGAGAGGGAAGAGCUGUUUCUGCGUGCCCUGUGUCUGUGCCACACAGUCCAGGUGAAGGAGUCUACGGAGCAGGGUCAAGGCCAGGAGGACGGACUGAUAGACCAGGUGGAUGGCUUAGGGGUGGACGGAGAGGUGCUCCAUCCACCGAAGGAGCAGAGAGGCUUCAUCGCCUCCUCACCUGAUGAGGUUGCUCUGGUCAAGGGUGCCAUGAGGUACGGCUUCACAUUUCUGGGCCUUGAAAGUAAAAACAUGAUGAAAAUUCUCACCAGGAACAAUGAUAUUGAAAUGUAUGAACUGCUUCACGUGUUGAACUUUGACCCUGUGAGAAGGCGAAUGAGUGUCAUAGUCAGAUCCAAUUCAGGUGAUACAUUGCUCUUCUGUAAGGGAGCGGACUCUUCCAUCUUUCCCCGCGUCAGACAGGAGGAGGUCGAAAGGAUACGCAUGAAUGUGGAGCGUAAUGCAACAGAGGGCUACCGGACGCUGUGUGUGGCCUACAAAUAUCUCAGUGCAGAGGAGUACGACCAGGCAGAUGCAGGAUUGAGGGAAGCUAGACUGGCUCUGCAGGACAGAGAGGAGAAGCUCAUGGCUGUUUACAACCAAGUGGAGACUGGCAUGAGUCUAAUAGGAGCUACAGCUGUAGAAGAUCGGCUUCAAGAGGAGGCAGCAGAGACCAUGGAAGCUCUGCAGGGUGCAGGCAUUAAGGUUUGGGUCCUAACGGGGGACAAGAUGGAGACGGCAAAGUCCACCUGUUAUGCUUGUAGAUUGUUCCAGAGAAGUACAGAGCUGCUGGAGCUGACCGUGCGAACUCUGGAGGACGGAGGGAGGAGGCGCGAGGAACGACUGCAUGAGCUCUUGCUUGAAUACCACAAGAAAGCUGUACAGGAUGCACCACCGGUGAAGGGAGGCGUCACCAGGAGCUGGUCUUCGACAAACCAGGACUACGGUUUUAUCAUAGAUGGAGCCACUCUGUCGAUGGUACUCAACUCUUCCUCUGAAUCCAACUCAAAUCGCUACAAGAACCUGUUCCUGCAGAUCUGUCAAAACUGCACAGCUGUGCUCUGCUGCCGCAUGGCUCCACUACAAAAGGCCCAGAUAGUUAAAAUGGUGAAGAACUCUAAAGGCAGCCCAAUCACCCUUUCCAUUGGAGAUGGUGCCAAUGAUGUCAGCAUGAUUUUGGAAGCUCAUGUUGGCAUUGGUAUUAAAGGUAAAGAGGGUCGGCAGGCAGUGAGGAACAGCGACUACGCCAUCCCCAAACUCAAGCACCUCAAGAAACUUUUGUUGGCUCAUGGGCAUCUCUACUACGUCCGCAUUGCACACCUGGUGCAAUAUUUCUUUUACAAGAACCUUUGCUUCAUCUUACCUCAGUUUUUGUACCAGUUCUUCUGUGGCUAUUCCCAGCAACCCCUGUAUGACGCGGCCUAUCUGACGAUGUACAACAUCUGCUUCACCUCUAUGCCCAUCCUGGCUUACAGUCUCUUGGAGCAGCACAUCUCCAUGGAGGUUCUGCUGGACAAUGCUACCCUCUACAGAGAGAUUGCCAAGAACGGCAUGUUACGGUGGGGACCGUUCCUCUACUGGACGUUACUUGGUGUCUUCCACGGCCUGCUCUUCUUCUUUGGUGUUCGAUUUUUGUUCAGUAACCCAGCACUGCAGGAUAAUGGCCAGGUUUUUGGCAACUGGUCGUACGGAACGAUUGUCUUCACUGUCCUUGUCUUCACUGUCACACUAAAGCUCGCUCUGGACACACGGCACUGGACAUGGAUCAACCACUUUGUAAUCUGGGGCUCACUGGCUUUCUACGUGUUUUUCAGCUUUUUCUGGGGAGGAAUAAUAUGGCCUUUCCUGAGGCAGCAGCGUUUGUACUUUGUGUUUGCCAACAUGCUGAGCUCGGUGUCGGCCUGGCUGGUCAUCAUCCUGCUCAUCCUGCUCAGCCUACUGCCAGAGAUCCUGCUUGUGGUGUUCCGCAAGCCCCGCGGGCCCAACUCUCGACAGAAGAAGCCGGUUCAGUCGAGCGAGGGGGGCCAGCAGUCUCCCCAGUCUUCAGCCAGGCCCCUGCUCAUGAGAACCUUUUCAGACGAGUCCAAUACUGUCCUUUAAACAGCUGUCAGAGGGCGGCCUCCUACGGACAUCCAGAUCGCGGCUGUCACACCACUAUCCUAUAAGCACCUGAUGGAGCGCGAGUGAAAGGCAGCAAGGACUUGCAACAACGAGCGUCUGCAUCAGCCACUUUCAGGGUCCCGCACCAGUCAGGUCCGAGCCGUCUGCCACCAUGCCUGAUCGAAGAAGAGGAGGAAAAAAUAAUAAGGAAAAGAGAGAUGUGCUGACUUGGGGGGGAAGGGAUGAAAAGGGGUUCAACAGUCUUUUGACUUGCGUCUCUCUGCUCCGUCCUUCAACAGCUCCUAACCCCCCGAUGCAUGCCUGCAGAGCAGUGCCCUGCAUUAUUUUUAAAAAUAUCUACUCAGAUGACAGGCAUGAGUUUUCUUUCUUUUACUUCUUCUUUUUUCUUUUUUUUUUUUUUUAAAUACUAGCUUACAAAUGAAUGCAUACACGGCUGCCUUGUCAGUAGCUCUAUCCAACUGCUGUGUUUUAACAAGCGGUUUGUAAUAAUAUCCACUCCAAGAAUGGUUCACCUGCAUGAAAGAAGGCCCGAAAGAACGCUUCACUCCACUGAUCAGUCACUGUUUUUACAUAAUGAUCUCUCCAGCGGUUACACUUUGAAAGGUUAUUCUACUUUACAGUUAUUACGCUUUUCCAACGGUUAUUCUUUUAAUGGUUAUAUGUUUCAGAAAAUGCACUCGCCCACGGGUCCAAAUGGUUCAAGAUGAAAAGUUACUGAGGGUGAUAUAGAUAUAGAUUAUAUGAUUGUUUCCAAUGAUGAAUCUGCAUUCUCUAUUGAAUACUAAGCUAUGGGAGGAGUUAAUGGAGGCCAUAUUACCACUCAAUCCAAAAAGUGUGUGUGUGUGUGUAAGAUUGAGAGAUAGAUUAGAGAUGUGAAGCAAUGAAACAUUGCUCAGAGCAUGACCUAAAUCUGCCAACCUCAGAGAUAAUUUAAGAUGAGAAAAUUAAUAUAUGUGCUGUACUGUAUAUAUAUUUAUAUAUAUAUAUAUAUAUAUAUAGCUUAGAGAUGUGUGAUAGCAUCUGCUCAAAGCCAAAAAAGAUUAACGUAAUGUGAUCCGAAUCUGUCCACACUAGUGUGACCUGAAAGUGACAAGUCAGUGUGUAUGUGUGUGUGUGUGUUACAUACUGGAUGAGAAAAGCCAGAAACGCCCGUGUGUCAUGAAACCAGAAUGACUUAAACCUCGUUGAUGUAGUUCUCUAAGACAUUUCCUGCACUAUUAAGGAAGCUGGUUUCUUCAUUGCAAUAGAUGGAGCACUGAGGAGCACACACACGCACACACACACACACACACACACAUAUCAGAUAGACAAGAACAACUCACACACAAUAACCACACGCGUUGUACACAUAAAUGCACACAUGCACUAAAGCCUAAAUGAGGUAUUUAUGUUCAUAACCCAUUAUCUAGUUUGCAUAAUUUGUCUCAGCUGAAGUUGGAGUGUAAAGAAAAUCAACUCCAGACCUGCAGCAUAGUUAACGCUACUGUGAGGCUCCACGCUCCAUCUCCUUCCUUCUGGUUUCGGUCAGAUUCGCCGACCGACGGGAUGACGGAGUGGACAGUUUUGUUCCUUCAUUUAACUUCUUGUGUGCUUCAUACAUUCCAUUUAAACAUGCCGUGAUUUCAAACACUUUUUAGAUACUGUUUCCGAGUAUUGUUUUCUGUUUUUAUUCCCACAAACAUGUAUUGUUUAUUUGGCAUAUUUAUUAUUAAGUGUACUUUUACUCACAAAUAUUAUACUUUUAUUGCAUAAAUCUUUGUGUUUUUAUUUUUAAUUGUGGAGAGUGGUCAGCUUUGUGCCAGUUGAGUUGCGUUACUCCAGCCCUGAUGUGAUUCUGUGCCAAUCCUGUUUAAUAGUCUUUGUCAUACAUGCAAAGACAGGCAGCCCCCCAAAAAACACUCCCAAUAUGUCAGGUUAUCUUAAAUAUUAAUAAUAAUAAUAAUCUCUCAGUAUGGUGAUUUAUAUAUACUGACCCCUGCUCAAACAAUAACUCCAAUACAGUACUUUUUAGUACUGGCCACUGACUGUAGCCUGACAUAUCUGAUACAGUGCAUCUGCAGAAUGGCAGUCUUAAUGCCAAAUGGAGAUUUAAAAAAUUAAGUUGAUUUGUUCUUAACAAAUGGAAACAUUUACAUGCCUUUCAGCGUCAUUUUCUACUAAGACAGCUUGUUUUUCUGAUGUUAUGAAUAUGAAGAAGGCUGUUCUUCACUCAGUGACUGCAGUGUGCCGGAGACACCGGAUGUUAAGAGGAGAGGACACACUGAGAGGGGCUGCCUGCUUUGUUAAAAAAAUAAUAAUAAUAAUUAUAAAACCUUUAAGUGACAUCAGAGAUGCUAUUUUCAGAGCUUAAAAAUAUCUUGGAAUCUAACGUUUUGCCUGUCUAAAUGAAAAAUUAUAAAAGAAUGGAUUGUAUUUUUAAUGCAACCUUUUUCCAGCCACUUUUUAUAAGUAAAUCAAAAUGUUUAAAAAAAUAAAAAAAAAAGCACGAGAGGCUCUGUUGUUGUGGACGCUGUCCCUGUCUGUGAGGGAUGGAGGUGGACAUCUUCAGGUCAUGCAGCAGGGACUCCUCGCCCACCUCCAGCCCCUUUGGGUCUCCAGCCUCAACACUCCAAACCUCCAAGCUGAAUGUACCUCUUUGAAACUAGUAUGUUCAAAACCUGAAGAUUUUCUGUAAUAAAGCAGAAUGUUUUGAAGAUAA